CAUAAUGCAUUGCCAGUCAUGGUGGAUAGGACACUUUGUACAUGGAGGUUUUUGACUGUACGGGCUAAAUAAUAACCCUGAACAGGAGUUAAGGAUUCCACAUAUUAUUAUUGACAUCUGCUCGGUGUUUUUUAUAUCAUUGUCUGGUUUGACCUAUAUUACACUUCUUUCACGUAUCGGGCGGUAAGAAAGCUGGUGUUUAUCGCACAGAUGUGGAUCUUGUAGCUGCUCCGGAAUUCAUCACAAGACCAUCUUCAUCUUCAUCAGCAGAUUUUUCCAGGGGGGUUUGGAUAUCAGAAAAGACACCUGUCGGAUGACAUGCACCCUGAGCAGACAAUGAUCUGAAGGCCCUACCAGGAGGCCACAUACUUUCUUUCUUCCUUCCCUCCUUCCUUUUUUAUAUCAGUGGAGGAAGACGGGUGAGCCCAGCUGCCUCAGACAGGUGGCAUACGGAGAGAGAGAGAGACUCUCUCACACACACACACAUCUUCAUACACAGAGGCGACCAGUCGCCGUUUGUGCUCCCGUAACUGCCUCGAGAAAUUCUGACCUCUGACCUCACCACCCCCAACCUUGCCCCCACCCCUGCUCGGCCAAUCACAGCAGCCAUGGGGAGGAAAAAGAUCCAGAUUCAACGAAUCACAGAUGAGCGUAACAGACAGGUGACCUUCACCAAACGGAAGUUUGGUCUGAUGAAGAAAGCUUAUGAGCUCAGUGUGUUGUGUGACUGCGAGAUUGCCCUCAUUAUUUUCAAUCACUCAAACAAGCUCUUCCAGUAUGCCAGCACCGACAUGGACAAAGUGCUCCUCAAAUACACCGAGUACAAUGAGCCGCACGAAAGCAGGACCAACGCAGACAUCAUCGAGGCUCUGAACAAGAAAGAGCACCGGGAUUCGGAGAGCCCAGACCCCGAGGAGCCGUUUUCCCUCACGCCUCGCACAGAGGAGAAGUACAAAAAGAUAGACGAGGAGUUUGAUAAAAUGAUGCAGAGCUAUAGGCUUUCAUCCACAGUGCCACCGCCCACUUUCUCCAUGCCAGUCACAGUGCCGGUGUCCAGUCAGAGCCCUCUGCCAUUCAGCAAUCCCAGCAGCCUCGUCACCACUUCCUUCGUCACCUCCACUCUCACAGACCCGCGCCUGCUGUCACCACAGCAACCGCAGCUGCAGAGGAACACGGUGUCUCCAGGCCUGCCACAGAGACCUGCCAGCGCAGGUGCUCUUUUGGGAGGUGACCUCAACAAUUCAAACGGAGCGUGCCCAAGCCCUGUGGCCAAUGGUUACGUCAGUGCCAGGGCCUCCCCAGGACUACUCUCAGUCUCCAACGGCAGCAUGGUAAAAGUAGUGACGGCUAAACCUCCCUCUCCAUCCAGCCCUCAGAUGGUGAACAGUCGUAAACCGGACCUUCGGGUCAUCACUUCACAGAGCAGCAAGGGUCUCAUGCAACUGACAGAUGAAGAGCUGGAGUUGGUGAGUGAGAACGCUCAGCGGUUAGGCGCCUCUCAAGUGACCCAGCCUCUUACCACACCAGUGGUUUCCGUGGCAACGCCGAGCCUCCUGACUCCAUUCUCCAUGCCAACCGCCUACAACACAGAGUACCAGCUAACAAGUGCAGAUCUCACAGCCCUCCAGGCCUUCACGCCGUCGGGUGCACUGUUGCCAAGCAACAUGACCACUUGGCAACAGCAGCAGCAGCCAUCUGUAUCCCAACAACCACAGCAGCAGCCAUCCGUAUCCCAGCAACAGCCUCAGCAGCAGCAACAACAGCAGCAGCAACCACAGCAGCUAACUCUGGCCUCCCUCAGUAAUCUUGUCAUGUGGGGCUCAGACAAACAGAACGGAGAGAUGGCUCACUGCAUCUCUGGUCUGGCUGCUAAUCUCAGUGUGACCUCUCAGGGCAGCUUACUCUUGGGCAGGGAGGAAGGGAUCAGCUGGCCCGUGGGGACGCUCCCACAUGGAGCUACUCUGACGGUUAACACUAACCCCAACGUCAGCAUCAAAUCCGAGCCAGUGUCUCCUAACCGGGAUCGCAGCACCCCUAGUUCCACCGCUGGGGCAUUGGGUGGCGUGUCAGGCCUAACCGUGACCCAGUAUCCAGCAGCACUGCGUUUGGAGCCCACCGGCCGCUCUCCGGUUGACAGCAUCAGCAGUAACGGCAGCUCGUACGAAGGAAGCGACCGAGACGACGGAGGGCAGCCACGCCCUCCUGACUUCAACUCCGCCAGCCUGGGUCUCCUCCGAGCUUCCGGAGAGCAGCCGGCCCAAGCGGAGCAGCAGGAGUCAGCCAACGUGAAACGCAUGAGACUGGACACCUGGGUCACAUAGACGCUGAAGGAGAGAGCGAGAGAGCUGCUCUCUCACCCACACAUACACACACACACCGACACAAAAACACACCCUUAGUGGCACCUGCUUUCAGCAGCCAAUCUCAGUCCGCACUUAGACACAUGCAUGCGCCUGUCUCUCUGUCUCUCUCUCUCUCACUCUCGUCUCACUCUCAGACACACUCAUAUUUACUGGUGUGUGUGUACAUAUUUAUAUUAAAAAUAUGCAUAUAUGAUCACACGCGCACUAGAUCCUCACACACACAGUUGCCAAUCCAGGUGUAAACGUGUUCACGUAUACGAGACUGAAGAGAUGUACCGAGCCGGAAUGGCUCGGAUAUCCCCACCCCUGCUCAGAGAGGCUGUCUGGAUCUCAGAUCAACUUUUACAGGCCUUACCGUCGACGCGAUCAGAGUUCAGCGGCACUGCUCUGUCCAAACAGCUUGUUACGUUGCAUAGACAAGCCUGUCAAUCUCUUUCUUUCUUUGUAUUGAUUUCUCUUUUGCUUUGUUUUUGUAUGAAUGGUUGCACUUGCCAUUUAUCUUCUCGAUUGACUCUUUCUGUCUUGCUUUUCCUUUCUUUUUAUGUAUUUUUUUUUCUAUCUGCUUGAGCAGCUGCCUUUAGAAUCGCCCCCGUUCCUUUAAAGUAGGAUCUUUGUCUUUGUUUUUCUAGUGUGUGUGCGCGUGCGUGUGUCAGCUGUGAGAUGGAGGUCCUCAUUCAUUCGAUCGCUAAACGCAAUUCAGCCAAAAAAAAACUCCACUCGAUCAUGUUCGUUUUCCAUCUCGUGGUAUGGUAAUCUCGCACCGGUCCCCUCGCUUGCGCACUCGUAUGCGUGUGUCUAUCGGCGGAGCUCGAAGCACAAACGCCGCUCCGCGUGCUCGGUUUUCUGCGUACGCGCGGGCCGGACCGUAAAUGUGGUGUCGUUGAUGGAAAUGUAGAUCUAUCUGUACUAACGAGAUCCAGGCGCGCUUGCGGUCUGCCACAUUACGCUCUAUUUAUUGUUUUUCGUCUGGCUGUGUAAUUCACAGAUUAAUUAGUUAACUUUAUGGGACGAGUGUGCUUAAAUAUCGUUUGUGAGAUUCCAGGAAUAAGACAAAACCCGAGUUGUUGUCGAACUCAGGAUGGCGAGUUUUGAGAUCGUGUAUAUACAAAAUUUCUCAGUGUUUCGGAACGGGUGUAUAGAGAAAGAGUUGGCGGCAAACACACAGAUCUCGGCUAGCUCGUUUUAGCUAAGAAAGAGAUGGAGGUCGUGUAGCGCUGUGUGUGUCGAGUGUGCGUGAGAAGCGUUGAGAUUGUACAUAGCGAUGUAUGUUCACAUAUAUUCUGCUGGGUCUUUCUGAAACAGCGCUGUAAUCUCAGUGGAACCGUCUCUGUCAACCUCUACCUGUAAAUAAACUGUACCGUGUUGUAAGUUAGCAAGGUGGAGAGGCAGAUGAAGGAGGAUUUGACUGUUUUUAAGCGUGACUCUUUUCUGUCGUUUUUAUCCUGAUGGCGCGCACUUUAAAAUCUUUCCCCCUCGUCCGCUCGCACACCUUCAAACACACACGUGAGCAAUUUCAUAAUCAUUUACACAAUCAGUCCACUCUGACUGAUAUAUCCGCCAUUUUACACCCCAACAGGAGCAGCGACCCCCCCCCAAAUACAGCCUCCUUUCACCUAUAAGACAUUUAAAGCAUUCAGGGAAGGAUGUUUCGUUUAUUAUUUUUUUGUGAGAUAUUGGCUUAUUGCACUUCACAUGUUUAACCGUGAACAAUAAUAGAAGAAAUAUGUCACGUUUUGUAAAAAAAAAGAAAAAGAAAAAAAGACAACAAAGAAAAAAGAAUGUCGUACUGAAAUCUAGAUUAGGCUUUACACGUGUUGCAGAUGUGUACACAAAUCGUUUUCUGUGCAUUAGUGUAUUCUCUAAGUGACAAAGAUGAAGGAUGUUUCCGUGACGAUUUAAAAAAAAAAAAAAAGACGACAGAUUAAGUGAAGAUAGCGCUAAAGGGAAGUGGGGUUCAAAAUGAUUUCAAAUAUGGCUUAUUCCCCUCUAAAAGGUGUAUUUCUAAUCAAGGUGAGACUCACCUGUCCGUCAUCGGCUUCUCUACCUCUCCCUUCAUCCUCUCGUAUCUUCUCCUUUUUUUCCCCCGCUCUUUCACUCACAGAGGAAGACUGAAGCCAUUUCAUUUCACCUCAACAGGUGACCCACCUUUUGUUUAACCAGAUUCCACACACACACACACACACACUCACACACACGAUGGAUGCAGUACCGGGAGAGUAAGCGUUUGUUGGGACUCAUCACAGACCUGCAUUCGUAUCCCAUCGACUGAGGUUCUAGAGCUACUGGGCGGAUGUUUUCUAGAACUGCAUCACAGCAGAGCGAGGCCUCUGCAGCGCACCCGUUGACUUAAAGACUGUUGUGUCCUGAGCUUUGAACAAAUGCAGUGAUUUCUAUGUACGUUUGUAAGAUGAGAAGGCCGGUGACUAAAGCGAUGCGCCUGGGAUGGUCCGGUGUCUCGAAGCGCUGGCUGUGUUGAUUUUAAGGCUAAGACAACGUUCGAAAAAGCUCUGGCAAGGACCUCGUGAUAAAAUUAGGAAUCUGAGAAAUCAAAGAAAAGACAAUCGUCCGGUGAAUAGUCCACUUUGGCCCCCGUAUUCCCUUUGUAUGAUGUCUAGAGAUUCUCACAUACUUUUUCUCGUGUUAAUUUGUGCUGGUGACAGUUUUAUUGUCUGUUUUUAUUAUAAUUGUUAUGAUGAUUAUCAUUACCAUUAUGGUUAUCUUCACAGAUGGUAAUUAUAAUGAUAAGUUUAGAGAGACGGUUUUUAUUUUCUGCAUCUGCGUUUUUUUAUUUUAGUUUUUUUUUUUUUGUUUGUUUUUUUUUUGUGUGUAGGUUAGGCAUUUUAAUUUGAUUUUAUUUUAUUAUAUAUUAAAUAUUAUAUAAAUAUAUUUUCGUUUCAAUUUUUUGUUUGUUUUUUUUUCUUCAAAGGGGUGUUACUAAUAUUGCACGAUUUAUUAAGUAAACAAAACCGUUGUAGUAAUAUUAGUACUUAUUGCUAAUUGAGGGAAGCGAUAAAACAGGUUUGAUAGAAUGACCAGUUCAAUGCUGCAAUUUUUAGUCAAUUGUACAAUAGUAUCUACACAUAGUUAAGGUGGGACAUCCACACAUUUAAUUUAUUCUGAUCAGACACAAUGCAUGGGCGUCAGACAAGCAAAGAAUGAGUCAUAUUAUAAAUAAACUGAAAUGUAAUUUCGAUAAGAAUAUACAACACAAAACUAGAAUAGAAAUUGAAGAAAAAAGUUUAAAAAAGAAAAAGUAUAGCUAAUAUAUUGUGUUCGGCUAGUCUGCUUUGAGUUUUGUUGUAAAAAAUAAAAAAGACAAAAAAAUACUAAAAAAAAAUUCUGUUGUUUUCGGAGAAUGAUAUACAAUUUGUGUAUAUUUUCAUAAACAAAGUAUGCACUGAUAUGUUAUUACAAAUUCUAUACUGCUUUUACAAAAGAGUGUUUGUUAUUGUACCAAAGUAUCCAUUGUCCUUUAUGACCCUCCCCUUUUGCGUAUGUUUUAUUGUAUUUUAUAUAUUAAAUAGACAAGUUGACCUACACAGAA